AUGGCGAACGUGGAAAAUUCACCUGCUGCGGUAAGAACUUCUAAUAGCGACAAAAUACAAGUAUUAUAGGGGCAUCGGACAGAAAGGGCGCGCUGUUCGCAAUCUAGCCGAAUUUCUAGGCCGCGAAGUAAUUUUCCACUGAAAACGUGGCCUAACUUUUCAAACUCGGCCCCGAGGUCGCUCAAUUUGCAGUGCAAAAAGAGUUUCUCAACAGAGCGCCAUUUCUGUGCGGUACCCCUAUAAUAUAGGCUACUUUUGGUGCAGGACGGUAAACGAUUCAUUCAUUACCGAUUUGGAGAGGAGUUCCAGCAAAAAUUAUUGUCAUCUUCCGCCGCAGUUCCAAUACGCUUCAGUUCGCAUUCUACUAUAGGAUCGAACAUUCAUGGCCUCAAUUCAAUUACUCUGCAUCAAGGAUCUGUCGAACCAGUUACAAUGCUCGGAUCAUACCGUCUUUAUAGCAUGCGGUUCUGUCCAUAUGCGCAACGAGUUCUCAUAUAUCUCACAAAAAAAAACAUCCCGUAAGAAUAUUCGUUCUCCCCCCUACUCACAUUUUCCAUUUUUACAUAACAGUGUGGAAAUAAUCAACGUAAACCCAGAUAGAAGCCCAUCUUGGUUUUUGACAAAGUCCCCUCUUGGUCGGAUACCUGCAUUGGAAAUCAAUCGAAGGGUAGUGUGGGAGUCGAACGUUAUAGUUGAAUUACUUGAUGAACUAUUUCCUACGAAUUCUAUACUCCCUAAAGAUGCGUAUGAAAAAGCACAUCAGAAAAUUAUAAUGGAACGCUUGUCUUCUGUUUGUUCCCGAAACGGUUAACCUCAAACUUUUUUCUUCAGCUUAUCAAUUGUUUGUUCGAAUUCUAUAACUCUAAAAAUCAAACAUCUCAACAGCAGAAUGAUAUUAACGUUCACAUCGCUCUUCGGAACGCAGAAAUCCUUCUUCGGGAUGCAUUUUAUGGUGGUGAGCUACAAAACGUUACUACUUUGAAGCAUUUUCUGUCAGAAAUUGACUGUGACAAGUCUGCAGUUUUUAAAAAUAAUGUUGAAAAAUUCUGAAAUGGAACUAGCGACUCCAGAGCAUUGUGGCAAAACGGAGUUUAAACGUUUUUUCUUAGGCUGGCUCUUCGCCAACCUUUUCGCAAUUUAGUUAGCGCAAAUGCAGCAAUGUCUUGACACCCCGUGUCUCGUCAUGGCCCGGUUCAUUUACACUAUGUCAUUACUCACAGGCAGGAAUCCGGGUUAUGCUGAUUACCUUAUUUGGCCAUUUUUGGAACGGCUUCAACUGCUUACGCUGAGCCAAUCGUCACAGUUUCGAUACUUCCCCGGUAUACAUUUUCCGAAGAUGGGUGCAUACAUGGCACGAAUGCAGAAUGAACCAGAGGUGAUUUUAUGUCCACUAAUUCUUAGACAUUGUUGAGCUUGCAAGUUUCAGAUAAAGUUCACCUUACGACCACUCAGUCAUCAUAAAUCUUAUUUUGAUAGUAUUUCGAUCGGAAAGCCAAACUACGACAUUGGAACUUAUGAUCAGGAAAAGUCGGUAAAAAUCUCACAAAAUUUGAAACUACGUUUUACAGGCUUUAUUUAUGA